UGAAGCCACGCCCACUUUAUCGCUCCUUUCCGCGAGGCCCCGCCCAUCGCUUCGCGCCACAAAACGGCGGAAGUCCCGCCCUCCGACGCCGUUUCGCUGCCCUUCACUUCCGGUCGCGGUACCAUGGCAGCGCAGGGUCUCUCCAAAGCGCAGUACCUGCAGCGCUAUCUCAGCGGCCCUCCCGCCGAUCAGCCCCGCCGCCGCCGCAAGAAGAAGAAGCCCCCGAGCGGCUCCGGCAGAGCCGGGAUGCGGAUCGUGGAUGACGACGUGGGCUGGAGCAGCAUCGCCGCUGUGCCCGAGAAGGAAGAGGAGGAGGACGAAAGCGACGUGCCCGUGGUAGCAGAGUUUAUUGAUGAGCGUCCGGAUGAAGUGAAGCUCAUGGAGGAAUUUCGAACAAACGCUAAAUGGAAGCUUUUAGGAGACCAGAAUGAAGACUCUCAGAGCUCAGAUAUUUCAGUACCUGCCAAACCUACUACAGGGCAACAAUGCCAUGACUCUCCAGACAACUUGCCACUGAGGCGAGUGCGGCAUGACUCCCCAGAUUUGUCCCCUUCCAGACAAGAGAGAAAUGAUUCCCCCAGCCUCUUACCUCGCAAGCAGCGACAGCGUGACUCCCCGGACUUGUCACCUCCCAGGCGGAAGCGCCACGACUCCCCAGAUCUGUCACCUCCCAGGCGGAAGCGCCACGACUCCCCGGACUUGUCACCUCCCAGGAGGAAGCGCCACGACUCCCCGGACUUGUCACCUCCCAGGCGGAAGCGCCACGACUCCCCAGAUCUGUCUCCUCCCAGGCGGAAGCGCCACGACUCCCCAGAUCUGUCACCUCCCAGGAGGAAGCGCCACGACUCCCCGGACCUAUCCCCACCAAAACGGCAGCGCCACGACUCCCCAGAUCUUUCUCCUGAAAGGGUCAGUUCAGCAAUGGGAAAAAAAGGCUGUCAAAUGACAGAUAAGUUGCUGCUGGGAGAGAUCCAAGGAGAGCAGCUUCAUUUCAGGCACAGCUCCUCUGACAAGUCUUUGUCACGUCAGAAGCAGCAGACUGCUCCAGAUCUGUCCCUUCAGCGUAAGAAGAGGUAUGAUUCUGACCCAGAUUCAUCACCGCCUCUGAGAAAGAAGGCUGGGUCACCAGGUCAGAAAAAGCUGAGUAGAACAAAAGAUGCUUCCCGCGUAGAAAAGCUCCAUCGUGACUCUGAUUCUCCACCUCCACGAAGGGGUACCCAAAAUGCCUCUGAGGCAGACCUUUCCCCCGAGCGAAAGAAUCACAGGGCUCUGCAUUCUGGAAAGAGUCAGCGUGGUUCAAGGAGUCCCGCUGAUCUCUCGCAUCAUCAGUACCCUGAUGAUAAGGGAUCUCCCAAAAAGACCAAAAUGAUGUCUGGGGUCAAAGCUGGCUUGGUGUCAGCUGAUGUGCUACGGAAAGAGCAGCAGGAGCUCAGAAAGCAGGAGAGAAGUAGCAAGCACUUGGAAGAGGAAUCCCGACACACAGAAACUGUCUUCCGUGACAAGUCAGGCCGCAAGAGGGACCUUGAACAGGAAAGACUUGAACAGAAGCAGAAAGAUGAAGCAAAGUCAGAGCGAGAUGAACAAUAUGCCAGAUGGGGGAAGGGAUUAGCGCAGGGGAGGCAACAGCAGCAGAAUGUGGAAGAUGCAAUAAAAGAGAUGCAGAAGCCUUUGGCCCGUUACAUUGAUGAUGAGGAUCUGGAUCGAAUGCUGCGAGAACAAGAGAGAGAGGGAGACCCAAUGGCUGAGUUCAUCAAAAAAAGGAAAGCCAAAGAGAACAAGGAAAAGAAAGAAAAACCUAGGUACAGUGGACCAGCACCUCCACUCAACAGAUUUAAUAUAUGGCCUGGGCAUCGCUGGGAUGGGGUGGACAGGUCCAAUGGAUUUGAGAAGCAGUUCUUCGCCAGGAUGGCUGACAAGAAGGCGGUUCAGGAGCUUGCAUACAAGUGGAGCAUUGAAGACAUGUAGAAAGAAGAAAUAACCAUGUGAGACAACAUGCCUGAAUUGAGAUUUGCUUGCUACCACUGCCAGAGCCAUAAGUAAUGGCUCCUGCCUGGACCAAGUGCUGUCCUCGGCAUUCAGUAUCCUAGUGGACCAUCCUCUAGGAAGCAAGGCUGUGUUUAGGGGAGAGCUGCUGGAAGAGGACUUUCCUGCCAGCCAGAAAGGACCAGUGCCAAAGCUGCAGUGGCUGCUGCCCACAGGAAUACCUCUGCUCCCUGGUGUUCCCUCAUGAGGUGCUGCAAACACUGACGUCUGACCCACUUGUUUCUUUUCUAUAUGAACUGUAGAAACUGUGUUGAAUUGUUUUAUGCCAAAUGCUUCGUCCUGUGAAGGCAGUUUACAAAUCUUCAAAUGUCCUAAAUCUCAGGUUUCUUUUCAUGGUGGAAGUAUGCUGGAAUCUAAGUCCUGGAGAGUUAACCCCAUCCGGUGUGUUGGCCUAUUGCAGCACACAGUUGUGGUUUCAGGUAUGGCCGAGUUAUUCCAGAGGGUGGUUUUUUGCUCUGAAACAACUCAAUACUGUGAGCUGAUUUACAUCUGGGCUUGUGUCAGAUCUGCCCCAUGUCCUUGUUGUGAGUCCAGAGGGCUUCUGUUCAAUGUUGUGUAACUCUUAAGCCUUCUAGUUCUUGGAGUCCUUGGCUUGCAGCGAAGUUAGCACAGCAGAGCUUCUCAUAGCCCUUCUCGGGGCUGUGCCUGGUGGGUCAGUAUGUGGCAAGAAGCUGUUUGCUGUACAUCACUCUGCUUCUCUCCUAGAAAAGGCUGAAAGAACAACACGCAGUGUUAUGUUUGACAGCAAAAUCUUCAGAAGCUCUAGCAGCUCCUUGGGGGCUAAUUUCUUGUGGAAAUAAACAUGCAGAGGCCAUUUAAACUGUUUCCCCUGACCAUUAUUUUCUUCAUAGCAGCUAAUGGUCAUGGAUUAGGCCCUACGGACUUCUCUGGACAGCAUUGCUGAUGGCUCAGCAGUUCCUUAGCACUGCUGCCUGGGGGCUCGCUUCAGCAUGAAGCAUCACCUCUCUCUUGUGAUCAGAUUGGUCAGGCUUGCAGCUGGAGGCCAAGCAGAGUGCUGCACUCCAUCCCUGCUUGCAAGAAAGCACUUCUGGAAAUAAACACAGUUGUUCAUGUUUACAUCCCAGAGAGCACAUAUUAAAGGCAGGCAGCAGUUUCCAUGGAGAUGCCUUGUCUUCAGCAGUGAUCAGGGAGCAGUCAUCAGUAUUGCUCUUUGCAGUGAUUUUCAAGCAGUAGGAGGGCUGUGGGUAAGAAGGAUAAUGACAAAGUUUUCUCUGGAGUGUGAAUGCUUUGGGAUUUUCUUCCCUGUUUUUCAUUCACUGUUGUUUUAGCAAUCCUGAAAUCCACGUGUGAGAGGUAGAUUGUGUUUUUGCAGUGGAAAUUUCCAGACUUUCUGUAUGUAACAUAGAAUAAGUUGUCUUUCACAACAGAAAGCUGCUGAACAGAGUAAAGUUGAGACUGGGACAUUGCAACCUAGGUAAAAUUGGCACAGGCACAUUGUAAGAUAAUUAUAUAGGGUAGGGGAGAGUCUGGUACAGGACAGAACUAGUGUGCUAAUUGUUGAGAAUGUUGUCCUCCUAUUGCUGUAAAAAGCACAGAACAUACCCAAAGACAAUGGGUUGGUGACAGGCAUUUUAUGGAAGUGUAACGUAGCAACAGUAUCAGAAGAUUGUGAGCCUGAGACACUCAAACAAUGAGUGCCAGGAAAGGCUUUACCUGCAUUGGACCCAGGGUGUGUAAUGGGAUGGAUGUCACUGACUGGUUGUGCAAUUUCUCCCUUGUCAGUAGGGAGUGUGCACCAAUUAUUGCAGUAAUGAAUAAACUGCUCUUCACAGA